AUGGGCGAUGAAGAUGAUUUUUGGGUUGGCUACGACUGGCAGGGCAAACACGCCACCCCAUUCGGCCAGGACGCUGUUUUGGCAGUUGCUAAUGACGAACCGGAUUUAGAAGACAGGCGUGAGGAAAUACGGUAUUACAAUUAUUUAUUCCACAGAUAUCGCGAGGCAGGGGAAUAUCCGACGAAAAAGGACUCCCCAUAUUACCCCGAAGUAGAGCCCUAUAAGAUCCGCCGAGGAGAAUGGUGGGGCCACCCAUACCCAAGGGAAGGGAAACCAAACCCUAGGGAAUAUAAUCCCAAGAUACCAUGGAAACAGGAGCCCUAUUCGAUAUAUAACCAGGCCACAUUGGAGAUUAACAACGAACCGAGCAUGCGACUGUAUGAGCACCAGUCGUUCGAGAAGUUACGGCGAAGAUAUAACGAUACGAGAUCAUAUUUCAGCAUUCAGAGCGCCGAGAGAAGUGACGGGUCCCGAUGGCUUAUUGGAAAAGUCUUAGGCUUUAGCAUCUAUAGUCUAACCAUCAGACUUGACUAUUGGCCCCCUCCGGGCAAAGGAGGACAUCGGAGUAUGGUGGUAAAAGUUCCGGUGAAGACUACGAUACCCAGUGUUACGAACGACGGAGAGGGUCCCUUCGAGUUUAGGUUAAUGCGCAAAGAAUUAAAAAAUAUAAAGCGUCUCCAGAAAGCGGCCCAUAUCAUACAAGCCGUCGAUCGAGCAGAUGUCGGUAUUCCACGCCAACGUUAUAUUCCGGAUGACGACCCCGAGUUAUACUAUGAUUCCAGUGAUAACCUAAGCAGUGGAGACGAAAGUCCUGCCGACGAGCCUCCGCCGCCAACUGCCACUCGAAGGGAGCUCCUCGAUCAAGGGGGUUAUUACCCACAGAAGUGGCACAGGCAGUAUGAAAAGUUCGACCAGAGGUCUCAAGAUGACAAAAAGAGAAGAAUAUGGCUCGCUUCUAGGUUCGAUCGCCCAGAACCUCCCAAGUCGCUUAUAGGUGACGAUCCAUACGACGAGAAUCGUCGUGAUUAUAUACUCUUUGACUUUAUGGAACACGGCGACUUGGCAACCCUCAUUCAUAGAAUGCGCCUACUAAAUGAACGGGCUCCCAAUCGCGUUCUUUGGUCUUUCUUUCUCUGCAUGGUCAAAUCUUGUAUCGCCUUGCAAUACCCUCCAAGAAUCCAUCAUCCGAAAAAACGAGAGGUAAUUGGCCCUGCUUUGGCCCAACUCGAAGCUAGAUAUGCACGCCUUGGCAUCAAUGAACCUGGAAACGCUGCAAAAUUAGUCGGGAAGGACCUCUUCGAGGAACUUCCAAGGCCCUCUCGUAGGUGGGCUGGAGCACGCUACGUUCAUUUUGACAUUGAACCUAGGAACAUACUCAUUGGCGACGUGGAUGUGAACGCCGAAGACGGCGAACAUGCCAUAAUUCCCAGGUUGAAGCUUGCAGAUUUUCCGCUCAUGAGGAAAAUAAGACCGAACAAGGCAAACGAUUUCUAUACCGCCUCUCGUGUACAUGGCAAAAUGGGAUUCCUCGCACCGGAACAAUUUGGAGAAGACUGGGAGUUUGUGGACCUCACGCACCUUGCAGGUCCAGAGUUGUCUGAACAGCCGGUGGCCGGAAAUUAUGGGCCAUGGACCAACUUAUGGGGCAUUGGAAUGGUUAUGUGGUGUCUUAUAACGCAGCUCCGAGCACCCAUGCCACCACAGAAAGGGCCAGAAGAGCCCGGCGACGAAUAUUUAUCGCCCAACUAUUGCCCAUUGCUCUUCGACAACGAGGAGUUUGGAUACGUGGACAUAACACUUCGGAGACUAGUUAGGGAAUGCCUAAGGCACAAUCCUGAAGACAGACUUACGUUACCAGAGCUACUCCCCAUAGUGGAGGAAGGAGCCCGGAAGACGUUCUACAAGGAAAGUGAUAGGAGAAUUACACACUGGGUCAAAAAACUGGUAUGUACUGAAAAAGAUCCCUACUUGAAAAGAUGCCACCCACGAGAUAAACCACCGCCCGUACCAGUGGCAGAUUAUACCAACGAUGCUCUCCAAAAUCGAAAUCUAGAUCCAUGGCUGGCUGGCGGCGGACCGGGUCUAGGUGGCCCGGCUGGCUAUUUCCCUCCGCACCCAGUCGAUUGGGUUGAUCCCGACCUCUCCGACAGCCCUCCUCCGAGCAGCUACGAUGGCGAUGGCGAUGAUAAUGAUGAUGACGGUGGAGAUGGCGGAGGCGGUGGGGGUGGGGGUGGAGGUGCCCCUGAUGACGGUGGGGACGGUGGUGUCGGAGGCGGAGGCGGGAGCGGUAAAGAUAAAGACAAAGAAAAAGCCACAGAAGGCGGGACUGGGGACAAAUUGGUUACCGACGACUUUCAUGAUCCCGGAGAAUGGCUCAACCAGUUCGGAGCGCCCAUGCCUCCACCAGGCUCAGAGUCAACCUCGAUAACGAAUCCACCCUCGCCAGGGUCUAUCGAACGGAGGAAAAGCCGACUUGCUAAGUGGCAAGGAGCCAGUUUACCACCACACCUACCACCGAUACCGGCUUCACCACCGGGAGGACCAUCGCAAGCAGGAACAUCACAGGGAGGGGGGCCAUCACUUACAAUACAGGAUCUAAUUGCUGCUGCAUCGGCGGAGGUACCCGUGGUAACUACACCACCUCCCAGACCAGCAUCACCGAUCGGGAACCAACCGCCCUCAGGUGGCGCGCCGAUGGGAUUUCCUGAACUACCGCCACUGGAAAGAUUUUUCGACCCAUGGGGAAGGGAAGUAGACCCAUCACUGGCCCCGCAUGCAUUCCCUAGGAGACAAUGGUGGGGUCCAUGGGGACAGGACAUGACGCCGUAUGAUAGUUGGGGGCGACGAUUGCCUACAUGGAUAGAUCCCUACGGAAGAGCCUUUUCACCACGAGUGGGGGAGUUACCGUUAAGAGCAACCUGGGUUGAUCCAUACGGACUAGCUCAAAACCAAAAUCGAGACAUAACUCGCCCGCGUGGACCAUGGAUUGAUCCAUGGGGCCGAACGGCAACACCACCUGCAGGUCAGGAGAAUGCACAGAUACAAGUGCAAUGGGUGGACCCGUCCUGGUCAACAGUAGCUGCUCCUGAAGGGGAUGGGAUAUCGCCAGCGACUUUCCUCGGCGCACCUCAGCCCCCCGUAACGUCACCAACUAUAACAACAGCGGCGACGCAGACUACACCCGGAGAUACCUCCCCACGCCCAACUGGGGCUGGAAGAGUCCGUCCAUCAACGGCUGCUUGGAAUGCCGCAUCUAGAGCAAUAGGAGACGCAGUGUCCAGAGCAACUAGGCCACCGCGCAGGCCUGAAGUAUCCGAUAUAACAAUAGCGGGUCCCCCAUACUCGCGUAUACCGCCAGCACCCACAGCACCUGCGGAAGGUAGUGCGUCCGGAUCUGGAGUGAACCGACCGCGACCUAAGAGAAAUAUUUUCAGCUUCCUCCCAGGGCGUAAUGCCGGCCGUCGUCGUUAA